CCUAAAAUGAUAAAUUAGAAAACUAACUAAACUAAAAUCCAAUUUAAAUUGUGUUCCAAGAAAAUUGUUGUUCAAAGUGGCUCUCCUAUAAGCUUAUCUUAACUUUAGCUGUUUCUGAGACAAAUUGGAAAAUAUUUCCAUCUCCAGCUGUGGAAAACUGAUAGAGACACAUCUCUAAAAGACUAGACGUCUGGAAUCUAAAUACAUUCCAGACGUAUUUUGUCAAAUUACUUGUAAAGUAGUAAAAACUAUUCUUGCUUUAGGUUUUACUUUACAAUUAAUUGCACGGUUGUUUUGGUCAACAAAGUUUAAAUGGGUAUGAAUACUUUUGCAGGGCACUGUUGUUUAAUACUGGUAUUUCCUCUAAACGGGAAGUGUUUCUACUUUCCUUCUGAGAAUGAUUGAUUGGAAAAAAAAGGAUGUACAAAAUAACAGCAGUCUUUAUCAGUACUCCAUGUGCUGCUAUGUCCUCUAAAGUUUCUGUAAAGCAGAACCAGCAAGCAGAAAAUAUGUAUGGCUUAAUUUUCAUAGAGAAUAGUCAGUGUAGCAGUAAUGCCUGUUCACAUUAAGCAGGCUUCACUCACAGAAGCUCAGCUCUUAGGCGCGUUGCUUCCCGCCCAUUGGUUCCCGCCCAUUGCUUCAGGAUCCUCCCCACCCUCUGCCGUUUUAUGGGCUUUCGUAAUACCAAGCAUUACUGAAGUCUCCACUGUAGGGACUGGCUGUCCUUAUGGUUAGUCUGCUUAAUACAAACGGAAAUAGGAUCGCCCUGUCUCCACCACUCCCCGUACCGGAGCAGAAGAGGCUGGCCAUUCAUCACGGCUCCACUGGUGUCCAUAUUGCUCAUCAACCAGAGCCAGCAUGCAGGAAGAGUUCAAGCUACUCAACCGCAGCAUUAGAGUUUGAGAAAGAGCACCAGAUUUCUCCUGUGUACGAGUCGCCCAAGAUGUUACGGCGGAGCCUCCGUCUGCAGAACAGCGGCAGUCAUUACAACACCGAGAGUGUAACUGAUUACUCCCUGAACCAUGGCAGCAGUUACAUCGACACCAGGAAAGAGACGCGGACCCCGCGAAACAGAAAGCAGAAGUCCACAUCCAGCUCUGUGUCUUUAUCCCUAAGCCAAAUAUCAACACCGAGACAAACCCUGUCCUUCUCAGCUGCCAGUACCCCGAUUGACAGAACAAGUCACGAAAACGUCACAACAUACGACGUCUCGCGGCUCGCAUCAGCUCAAGAGCAGUAUCACCUGAGGCAGCGCAGAGGAACCGCCAUCAGAUCUGCAACUACUGUGGAUGGACAGUGGGAGCAACACUCCAGCCAGAGCUCAUCAAACAUCAACGGAGAAGCCAGCUUUUCGAAGACCAACGCUUCGGUCCCUAAUGGUUACAUUUGCAAAGAUUGCUCGUUUCACUCUCAGCAAAGUGACUCCCGUGUGACGCGGUCAUCAUUGACAUCGCUAUCAUCACCAUCGUCAUCAUCCUGCCACGCAGCAGAACUUUCCACCGAUGGCCUCACCUCCACAGCUUCACCUUACACAAAUAUUUAUACCAGAGACAGGAGUCGAAGGAACAAGUCAGGUGUCCUGAAGUCAAUAUCUAACUCAUGUGUGCGCUACAGCAAAAAAGCCCUGUCCCCCAUUGUGUCCUUAGUCUCCGUUGUCUACAGCAGUUUGGUCUGGCUGGGUACAAGAACCAGGAGCUCAGCAGAAGAAGGGGUGUCAAAGGAUAUGUCAACAGGAGUCCGAACCUCGUACUCAGACUCCUUGACACAAGCGUGGCCCUCGAGUUUGUCCAAACUUUGGCUGUUUAAGCAGACCACUCUCCAAAGGAUGAUGGGCUCCAAAAGCCAUGGCUUUGAAGAACAAGGCCACUCAAGUUUCUGUGGAAGCAUGAAUGUGAAGGACCUGGUCACUGAAGAAACAUCACAUCUUAACCUCAAUGGCUCCCUGUGUGACGACUGUAAAGGAAAGCAGUACUCUGAGUCUCGCACUGUCGCUGUUACACCACUCCCCAAGUCACAGCGCUUGGUGGGGGCGCUGUGGAGCAUCCUAGCUUACACAGGUUUCUGUCUGCUGCUGCCUGGUCGCUAUGUGCUUGCAGCAGGUAAAGCUUUAGGUUCAGGAAUCGUCACAGCAACACAAAGCCUUCUCUCAUGCUUCUGGGCGAUCCUAGCAGCCCCAGUAAACGCAGGAAAGGGACUGAUGUGGUUUCUUGCAAGAGGAUGGUACCAACUGGUGUCUCUCAUGUCUCUCGUCAACGUCUUCUUUCUAACUCAAUGCCUUCCCAAACUCUGGAAGCUCCUGUUGCCUCUUUUGCUUUUCUUUCUACUUCUGCUUUUAUGGUGGUGGUGGCCCCCGUUCACCAGCACCCUGCUUACCUACCUUCCAGCCAUGAACCUCACAGAGUGGAGCUCCACAUCUAGGUUUGACUUCUUCUCUAACUUGGCUGCUGUUCCCGCUGCUGUCCCUGCGACAGAGACUCCCAUGGAGCAGGGUCAUAGCGCUCCGGUCUCCCAAGCAACGCCGAUCCUCCCCUCAGCCGCCAUCCACAGUGGCGUGGAUCUGGACCGCCUCGAAGUUGUUGAGCGACAGCUGGCGUUGUUGUGGGAGAGAGUCCAGGCGGGAGACCAGAAGCAGGAUCAGCGUCACAGCAAUGUUCUCAGUCUCUACAGCUCGCUGAAAGAGCAGGUCCACAGUCAGAACGAAAGGGAGAGCUUAGAAGCGUGGGUGUCCUCUAUGAUGGAUCAGCGACUGGGUGUGCUGCGAGGAGUACUGCAGCGCGAGAACUUAAACUUAGCACAGAGUUCAGAGCAGCAGAAACUGCAACAGGAAAGUCAGGCAGCACGUCUGGCUAAUUUAGAGCUUCUGCUCAGAGCUUUGACAACCAAGACUGAGGAGAUGCAGCAGAAGCAACAGCAGUUUGAGGAUGAGGCGAAGCAACGGGAGAAAGCGGCUUCUAAGGCGGCUGCAGACACAGCUCCUGUCAGUGUGGGUGUGAAGCAGGAGGACCAUAACGCUCUAUUGCUGGAGAUGCAGAGACUUGAGGCAGAGCUGAGUAAAAUCAGGGGAGACCUGCAGGGUUUCGCAGGAUGUAAGGGCAAAUGCGAGCAGCUGAACACUCUGCAGCAGACUAUAUCUGGUCAAGUGUCCUCGCAGUUGCGGAAGGAGCUGAAAAAUCUGUUCUUCGGCAGCGAUGAAUCUGCGGACCAGCAGCAGGGCGAGAUCCCCGAGUCGCUGAUCCAAUGGCUGUCGCAGCGUUACGUGAGCACGCCUGACCUGCAGGCGGCGCUGGCCUCCAUCGAGAUGAGCAUCCUGAAAAACAUUUCGCUUCAGCUGGAGCACAGUCGAGCCCAGGUUCUGGGCGAGGCAGAGUCCAGAGCCAGAAGCGUCUUUGAGACAGUAAGAGGGACGGUCCGGCACACUUCUACAACUGAGGGCCUGUCUGAAGAAGACGUGAAUCUGAUUGUUCAGAACGCCCUGAAGCUCUACUCUCAGGACCGGACGGGUCAGGUGGACUACGCCCUGGAGUCUGGAGGUGGUAGCAUCCUUAGCACCCGCUGCUCCGAGACUUAUGAGACAAAGACAGCCCUCAUGAGUCUGUUCGGCCUUCCACUCUGGUACUUCUCCCAGUCUCCACGUGUUGUAAUCCAGCCGGAUGUGUAUCCUGGCAACUGCUGGGCAUUUAAAGGCUCUCAAGGUUAUCUGGUGAUCAGGCUCUCCUUGAGGAUUCAUCCAACGUCCUUCGGUGUGGAGCACAUCCCUAAGACGCUCUCUCCAACAGGAAACAUCGCCAGUGCUCCUCGCAACUUCACUGUCUUUGGUCUCGACGAUGAGUACCAAGAAGAGGGAACGCUGCUGGGGCACUACACAUACGAGGAAGAUGGUGGUUCUUUGCAGAUCUUCCCCGUUAAGGAGAAAAACGACAAGGCGUUCCAGAUCGUAGAGGUUCGGGUUCUGUCUAACUGGGGUCAUCCAGAAUACACCUGCUUAUAUCGCUUCAGGGUCCACGGAGAACCACUUACCGAAUGAAGCAACCACCAAAAGACACACUAAUAAAUCAUCAUUUUACUCUGUCUGUAAAUAACUCUCACCAGCUUCUUAAAAGCGAAGGACACCUGACAGUGUGGACAGUUUGGUAUGAAAGCCAUGCAAACGGAGAGGUUGUGGAGUGUGAGAACAAUGUGCCGAGUCGGAAGAAGGAAAGUAUGUUUAUGAAAGAGUCACUGGGAAGUUUUGUAUCUGGACUGUAAAGGAACGCAGAGAGGAGCGGAACCACGAAAGAAGCUAAAAGUCCCCUUUUCAUUGCACUGAGUUGCUCUUGAGGGUAGCGAGGCUUCCCCGAGCAGACAAAUCCAUCCCCGCCUCUAUGGGAAGGUGGACACCUUCACUGGGGCGGGGAUGACAGACUCAUCUCAGCCACCUUUUCAAUCUGCAUCUGAUUUGUUUUAGUUCUUUUCUCUUUUGUUUUUAAUCUCUCUUAAUGGAAUCUGCUAUUUUUAGGAACAAGACCACUCUGUCGUUGCCAGAUAUGCCACUCCUUUAGUUGCUGCAGCUAAACCGAGAAGUCCGCAGAUGGGUUCCGAAUGCUUUCCCAUAGCCAUAAGACUUGUUUUUAAAGAAGUGAACAUGCUGCCUGUGAACAAGUUCUGAAUGUUUGAUCAAGUGCAGGCUCAACGCAAGUUUCCUUUAAUCACACAGCAACUCUAUAAAACACUGACCUCUGUGCGAUGCAACUCUUAGGAGGCUCCUUACCAUCAUGCAACAUGUGGCUCCUCCUUUGAAACAUACACUGAUUUUACAUCCAUCAUGUACAAUGCCUUGCAAAAGCAUUCUUUUAUUUAUUUAUUUUUUUUUACAUUUUAUCACAUUACAACCACAAACUCCAGUGAGUUUUUUGGGGGGUGGGAUUUUAGCUGAUAGACCAAGACAAAAGUAUAUUAUGGUGAAGUAGAAAAAAAGAUACAGUCUUUACAUUUUUUACAAAUAAAACUCCAAAAGUAAAGUGGUUGGUUGGUUGCCCAGGAUUUUAUGUUGAUGAAUAAAGGUAAAGGAAGGCAAAUA